AUGAUCGCGAUGGUCGUGAAGGUGGGCGUGGCCGACCCGGAGCUCACGUCCGUGGCGCUGUACACGCCGUUGCCAUGGCCCAUGCGGCUCGAUCUGUUGCCAUUCACCUUCCUAUACGUUACCGCCGUGUAUCUGUACGCAAUACGCCCCGAUGACGACGUGGUCCCGUGGGUUUUCGGCGCAUUCGGCGUCUUCUGGCACGCUCUAGCGCUGCUGAGUGCUGAGUGGAGCGUGGACGUGCGUUGCUGGAUGACGUGUACAAAGCUAACGGCUGUAGUGGAGGAUGAGCGCCUCAAGAUGCUCGUUAAAGUGGAGCCGUCUCUCGCUAUGCUGCCCAAGGAGCUCUGUGACUGCCAGUUGGUGUCCACGGACAAAAUGAAGGACACCAAGAGGCCGACGCUCUGGUUCUCGUUCCAGAACCUCAAGUUCUGUUUGUACGAAGACGUGGAGACCAUCAAUCGCAGCGGUGAGGCUCAGUUCCGUCGUCUGGACUUCCCCUCCAAAGGCAGUCUCGAGUUCUAUCUGAAGAGCGAAGGUGUGAAGUCCAAGGAGGAGCUGCAACAGGCCAAACACAAGUGGGGCAGGAACGACUUUGAACUGCCCGUGCCCAAGUUCGCUGAGCUACUCAAAGAGCAGCUCGUGGCUCCGUUCUUCGUGUUCCAGUUCUUCUGCAUGUUGCUCUGGUGUCUCGAUGAGUACAUGUACUACUCGCUUAUGACGCUUCUCAUGCUCGUCAUCUUCGAGUGCACAGUCGUCAAGCAACGCCAGCAAAACAUGAGCACUCUGCUGCACAUGCGACGUGCUCCUCAGCCGUGUCUCGUCUAUCGACAGAGUAAGUGGACUCAGGUCUCAAGCGACGACCUGGUUCCCGGUGACAUCUGCUCUGUUGGCCACAAUGAGCGCGACACUGUCGUCCCGUGCGACUUGCUACUGCUGCGCGGGAACUGCGUCGUCAACGAGUCCAUGCUGUCUGGUGAGUCCCUCCCAUUGCGCAAAGAAGCUGUCGGGGCUUCCAUCGUGAAUGACGAGGCAAAGCUGAAGAAUCUUGAGGUUGAUGACGGCUCGAGUAUGAAACACAAACGCCACGUUCUUUAUGGAGGCACCAAGGUUCUUCAGCACUCGAGUCCCUCUUCCAAGGACUCGCUGCGAGUGUCUACUGCUCCCGACGGAGGCUGCGUGGGAUUCGUGCUUAGGACUGGAUUCGGCACGACUCAAGGCAGUUUGAUGCGCACGAUUCUGUACUCGUCGCAACGUGUCACUGCGAACAACUCGGAAGCGAUGUGGUUUAUCGCUCUGCUGCUGAACUUUGCCGUGGCUGCAGCCGCCUUCGUGCUCUCUCAAGGCAUCAACGACCCGACGCGCAACCAGUUCAAGCUCUUCCUGCACUGCAUUAUGAUUAUCACGUCAGUCGUGCCGCCCGAAUUGCCCAUGGAAUUGUCGUUAGCGGUGACCAACUCACUGAUCGCUUUGACACGGAGUAAUAUCUUCUGCACCGAGCCAUUUCGCAUCCCUUUCGCUGGUCGAAUCGAUGUCUGCUGCUUCGACAAGACUGGUACACUAACCAGUGACGAGCUGAAGCUGCAUGGCGUUGCAGGGCUGGAAGCCCACGUGGAGCCUGACAAGUACAGAGGGAAACGUGGUGGAGAGCUCGACAUCAUCGCCCCUGAGCAGCUUCCUCUCGAUACGGAGCUGGUUCUAGCAGGAUGCCAGUCAUUAGUCUUGCUGAAUGGCCAAGUAGCUGGCGAUCCGCUUGAGAUGACUGCUGUUCGGAGCAUUAAUUGGUGCUUGACAGGCCACGAAGGCAGAGCGGAGAGCCUUCCGAGCGUCCAGCCAUCGUUUUACUCGGAUCGUCGAGGUGAAAUCCAGGCGGUUGACAUCCUCCACAGCUUUGCUUUCUCCUCCGAGCUCAAGCGCAUGACUACCGUCGUGUGUGUGCGGAAAGCUGACAAUGACGAGCAAGACGAGCAACGUGUGCUUACGAAAGGCGCGCCUGAGGUACUCGAGUCCAUCUUUAUCAACAAACCUUCGUAUUAUCGCCGUGUGUACCGCCAUUACGCGUCUAAAGGAUGCCGCGUCUUGGCUUUAGGCUUCCGAGUACUGGCUGGAGAGGCUUCAGCGGGUGAACUGCGUCGCAAACCGCGUGACGAACUGGAGAGUGAGCUGACAUUUGCGGGUUUCCUGGUGCUUGAUUGCCCACUGAAGGACGACACAAAGCGGACUAUCCGGGAGCUGAUGAUCUCCAAGCACAAGGUUACUAUGGUUACGGGGGAUAACCCUCUCACAGCGUGUGAUGUAGCGCGUCAAGUGGGGAUCAACGCGGGGUAUUCGAGGCAGCCGCUAGUGUUGACGCCUAAUGCGGAGUCUGGAUCUGUGGAGUGGAAGUCAAUCGACGACGGCUCGCCAGAUAUCGAGGAGGAAACGAUCCUUUUCAACGUGGAUGAGGUGGAGAAAAUGCAGAUCCAGUAUGAUCUGUGUGUAACGGGAGAAGCUCUGGCAACGCUUUACAAGCAGCAAGAGGAUAAGUGCGACGACAAGGCGGCUGCUCUGGAAGGUUUCCUUUCUGUGCUUGAGAAGAUGUGUCUGUGCGCCACGGUGUUUGCUCGCACGUCACCUCAGCAGAAGGAACAUCUCAUCAUGGCAAUGAAUCGGUGUGGAAAGACGACAGCCAUGUGCGGAGACGGCACGAACGAUGUGGGUGCCUUGAAGCAAGCGCACAUUGGUAUCUCAAUCGUGAACUCGUCCAGCACGGAGACUACGCCUCAUGUUGUGGAGUCUGGAAGAGGCUCUGGUAGUGCAGGUCAGGGCGGUCUUCGGAAUCGACGACAAGCUGGACGUAGAGGACGUUCGGUGGAAGAGCUGCAGCAGUCUUUGUCAAGCAAUGAUGAGGCUCAGAUUGUGCGACUAGGAGACGCCUCCAUUGCAUCGCCGUUUACAUCGAAGAGCUCAAGUAUCCGUGUGAUCAAGAAGCUGAUUCGCCAGGGACGAUGCACACUGGCCACUACCAUCCAGAUGUACAAGAUCCUGGGAAUCAAUUGUCUUAUCACGGCCUAUUACUUGAGCUCUCUCUUCAUCCAUGGAGUCAAGAACGGUGAUCAACAGCUCACUAUAUCGGGGCUGUCGAUCGCCAUGUUCUUUCUGUUUCUAUCACGAGCAAAACCCGCGCGUAAGCUCUCACACCAGCGUCCUCCGUCCGGGGUGUUCUGCAUGUCAGUGAUGGUGUCAAUCUUUGGCCAGUUUGUGAUUCAUCUGGCUUUCCUGGCCGCUGCUCUCCACGUCGCCCAACCUUUUAUCGAGCCGGGGGACCCAGGGAUGCAUCCGGAUGGGAAUUUCACCCCGAAUGUGGUCAACAGCAUCAUGUUCCUCAUGGCGUCGAUCAUGCAAGUGAACACCUUCGUGGCCAACUACAGGGGACAACCGUUUAUGGAAGGAUUCUGGGAGAAUAAGCUGUUUUGUCGCAGCGCGCUUGUCAAUUACGCUGUGCUGGCUGCGAUUAUCGCAGAGGUUUUCACGCCUAUCAACGCUAUGCUGGAGCUGGUGGCGAUGCCGAACCAAGAGACGCAACUCGUCGUUGCAGCUCUAAUGGCAGGUGAUACGAUCGUGACUUUGGCAUUCGAGUAUGCCGUUCAGAUGAUAGUUUUCGUUUCGGCAUAA